GAGAAGCACACAGGGGAGAGGUAGAAGGACAGUGAUGUUGCAGCGGACCGCGUGAAUUUUUACUCAAAUGGCGUCUGUUUUGUUUUAUUUGGAUCAACCAUUUUGAAAGAACAUAACGGAAAUAGUUUUUACGCCUUUUUUUUUUCGCUUUACGGCGCGAGCUCGGUCUCCCUGACAACGCGACCAACUGUCCUGCGAAGUUUGGGAUCAAGUGUUUUACCUUUGCUCUUGAAAAUGGAUACACAAACCUCACUUUUCUAAGCAAAGUUACUCUGGAUUACACAUUAAAAUGUCUUAAUCUUGUUUGUACGCAGAUUUUAUUUGCGUUUUCUCCCCAAAGUGUGAGUUUUUCAGGGAAACGGGACAAAGCGACACAGUGGUAGGUGGAGGACUCGGGGGGAGCCGAUGCCUGCUCCUCCUGCGGCUUUUGUUCUGUCCCACCACGAGUUACUGACCUGGGACAUUGACUGAUCGAUUUCGGGCUAUUUAUGGUCACUUUCUCUUGUUUGAUGCCGUGCAAUCAUGGAUGUUACCCUGUCCGAGAUGUUGGGGACUUUUAUGGAGUCGCCGCUCGUGAUGUGGGUGCGGACUCUUGGGCCUUUGGCAUCCGGCGAGGAGGCAGGGACAGAGGACAGAGUCAACAUGUUUAUGGAGCUGGUAGAUGGAGUUUUUCUGCACAAAAUCAUGACACAAAUCGACCCAAGCCCCACCCACCAGAGACUGAGCAAAAACAUCAACAAUGACGUGGCUCUGCGGCUCCACAACCUCACAGUGCUGGUGCGUCACAUCCGGACCUACUACCAGGAGACAUUGCAGCAGUUAAUAGUGAUGCCUCUACCCAACAUCCUUUGCAUCGCCAAGGAUCCCAUAUCAGCUAAAAGUAUGGAGGAGCUCAAGAGGCUUUUAUUACUGAUACUUGGCUGUGCUGUUCAGUGUGAGCGAAAGGAGGAAAUGAUUGAAAAGAUUAAACUUCUGGACAUCGAGACCCAAGCGGCCAUCGUGUCUCACAUUCAGGAGGUGACCCAUAACCAGCUGAAUGUCCUGGAUCUGUCCUGGCUGGAAGCAGAAUCAGAGCUCGUCCAUGAAGAGCUCGAACCAAUGUCCCGCAAUAUGGCUGCAUCACUACGGCAACUCAUCGACCAGAGAGACAAGGCCAAUGAGGUGAUAGUGGAUCUGACCCAGGAGAGGGACUACCUGUGUGGCCAGCAGCCCCAGGAGCACUGCAGGGAUCUGGGCAUGAGCAGUCCAGAGCGAGGGCCUAACUCCAAAGAUGUGACUCUCAGUAAUGGACCAUCUUCGGUGAAUAUGCCUGGACUCACAGAGGAGAAACAUCAUCUCUCUGUGGAGCUGGCCGAUACUAAGGCCAAACUCAGGAGAUACAGACAAGAACUGGAGGAGAAGACGGAGCAGCUGAUGGACUCAAAACAUGAAGUGGAGCGACUGGAUCAGGAGCUGCAAAGAAUGAGACAAGAGCACCAGUCCCUGUCGUGUGAGGCUCGAUCGGCUCGUGUCUACAGGGAUGAGGUGGACUCUCUGAGGGAGCGAGCAUCUCGGGUCGACCGUCUGGAGGCGGAGCUAAUGCGCUGCAAAGAGAAACUCAACGACGUGCACUUCUACAAGACCAGAGUGGAGGAGCUUCGUGACGACAACCAGACGCUAAUGGAAACUAAAGUGCUGCUUGAAGAACAGCUGUCGGCCUCUAGGGGGCGCUGUGACAAGCUGCACACAUUGGAGAAGGACAACCUGCUACUAAGGGCCAAAAUCAGUGAUCUGGAAAUGGAGCGUGAAAAUGAGCGUCGGCGUUUGGAAGAGCUGGUGGAGGAGAACAUGCUGCUGGAGAUCGGGCAGAAGCAGAGCAUGAACGAGUCAGCUCACCUCGGCUGGGAGCUUGAGCAGCUGUCCAAGAACCAUGACAGCAACACUGAAACUCGUAAGUCUCUGGUCCACGAGUUGAAUGAAUGUGUUUCGAGUCGAGUUUUGAAACUGGAGAAAGAGAAUCGUGAGCUACAGACGUCGAUAGAGAGACUGAAGGAGGACAACCACAGUCUGCAGGAAAAACAACUCCAUGCACAAGAACUGGACAGAGAGAACCAAAGUCUGAGCAAUAAGUUAGAGCGUCUUCAGGGUUUGUUGGAUCAGGAGAGAAUGACCAACCAGGAUAUGGAGUCGCUGGGAGAGGAAAUCCUGAAGGAAAAACAGGGUGUAGAGCGAGAAAUGCACAUCCUGAAGGCAGAGAAAGACAGACAGAUUUUAGAGUUGGAGAGUGAGAAGAAGCACCUCUCUGACGCAAUGGCUGCCCUUCAGGAGCGCGCUCAGGCCAACAGCGAGGCCCGAGUCCGAGAGGUGGAGACGGAAAACCGACAACUCCAUCGGAAAAUCACAGAAUCCAGUUCCAAACUCGUCACCAUGGAAACGCAGCUCAAGCUGGCCAAUGAGGAGGUUCAGAGGGUGAAGAGCAAAGCAUCACGCUGUGAGGAGGUGGAGAGAGAGGCUGUGAGGCUGGAGAGGAGCAGGGAUGCACUCAACAGAGAGGUGACUUCUCUGCAUGCCUGUAGCGAGCGUUCUGAGGCUCUGGAGAAGCAGGUUUCUUCUCUGGAGCAGGAGGUGCACAGGCUGAAAUGUGAGGCAGAGGAAUCCCAAAAAGAGCUCCACCGGCUGGGCAAACAUGAGUCCGAACACAGCCUCUUAGCCAAAGAAAACCUGGAGCUCCGAUGUUCAAUGGAAAACCUCCGCUCCACAACCGCUCGUUUGUCCUCCCUACAAGAGGAGCAUCAGGAAGUACAGAAAGAGAGACAGGAACUGAGAAGGAAGCUUGAAGAAGCCCAAGACUUGGCACAAGGGGAGAAAAAGAGAGCAGAAAGACUGGAAGCAAAUAUGGCGUCUCUGAACCAUGAAAAACAUCGAUUGGAGGAGGAUUUAGAGAGACAAAAAGAGGAAAGGGAAGAGACUGAACGAGAGAACCAAGAAAUGAAGAGCAGAGAGGAAGAGCUGAGGAGAGAACUGCAGGUGCAAAGGAAACACUGGGAAGAAACAGACGAUGAAAGGAGGAAGUUACAAAAGGAUUUCGACCAAUCUGAGAAGAGUAGGAAGCAUUUGGAGAAGGAGAGCUGGCGAGUGAGGACGCUGCUGGAGACAAAAGAGGCAGACCUAGAGGAGAAGAGCAGGCGAUUGGCUACGAUGCAGAAAGAGAGUGUGGCUCUGAAGAAGGAGAUUGAUAGGCUGAAGGAGCUGUCUGUCAAAGCCAAGGAGGCAGAGAGGGAGAAUAAGGAGUUACAGAAACAAGUGACGAUCGAUAAGAGAAUGCUGGCAACUCUGAGAGAGGAGUUGGUGUCUGAGAAGCUAAAUUUUCAGCAGCAGAACGUGGAGCUGGAGCGUCUCAACGAAGAACUGGAGAAGAUUGGACUGAACCGAGAGAAACUUCUGCAGCAGGAGCACACGAUGGAGGACAGGUACCAGCUGCUGGAGUCCCGUUUGGAGGAAACAGUCCAACAAACGAUGAAACUAAAAGAGGAAAAAAUAUCGAGUUUGGAAAAGAAACUGGAGGAGAGCCACAGUUUGAACGCGUCUCUGCGCUCGGAACUCAACACUGUUCGGCAAACAUUAUCACUCAAGCAGGAGCAGGAACAAAACCACAAUUCCCAGAAACACUCAGGAAACGACCGGGGUCAAGGGUCGGCCACUGCAGAACUGCUGCGAAUUAAAGAUCACCUGAUCGAUGUGGAGAAGAAUAAUGCCUCGCUGCAGACAGAGAGCAGUCUGUUAAAGGAGCAGCUCAAACAGUUGGAAAAUCAGAAUAAUUCUCUGAACAACCAGAUCUCAACUCUACAACGUCACACCAGCACACUACAGGAGCAGAACUCAGGCCUGCACACUCAGACCGCCAAACUGCAGGUGGAGAACUCAACCCUCUCCUCUCAGAGUGCCUCUCUCAUGGCCCAGAAUGCCGUGCUGCAGGGUCAGGUGACAGCUCUGGAAGCGGAAGUGGAGUCUUGGCAGAGGCAGAGGGAGGAGGCGUGGAAAGGGAGAGAGAGCGUCCUGAGUGACCAUGAGAGACUGAUGAACGUUCACGAGAGACAAGCGCAUGAGUACGAGGCUCUGAUCAGCCAACAUGCGGCACUCAAGGGCAAGCAGAGGGCGCUAGAGAGCGAGCACAGGGCUCUACACAAUAAGUACUGUGUGUUGCUGCAGCAGAAGGACAUAUGGGAAAAACAGGAGGGACAAGGGCAGAAGGAGAAGGAGGAGCUCAGCCAAGAAGUUCAGAAGAAUCGACUUUUAGUACAAGAAAAUCUGCAGCUCAAAAAUGAAAUGGAUCGGAUGACAGCAAGCCAGACCCAUCAGCUGGAGCAGAGUGAUGGUCUUCAGCAGAGGGUCUUGGAGUUAAAGACUUCUCUGAGCGCGGCGCAGACGGAGGCGGGCCAGUGGAUGUCCAUGUACGACUCUUUAAUGGAGCAGCACCAAGGAUUGGACCUGACCAUGACCAAACUGGACAACCACUGUGAGCUCUUGAGUCGACUUAAAGGAAACUUGGAGGAGGAAAACCACCACCUCCUUAGUCAGAUCAACCUGCUGAGCCAACAGAACCACACUCUACUGGAGCGGAGCAUGGAGAGCAAAGAGCUGUACCACCAGGAGCAGAAGCUAUACAUUGAUAAGCUGAACGCUCUCCGGCGACAAAAAGAGAAACUGGAGGAAAAAUCAUGGACCCAGUACAAAUUCUAUGAUCCCACGCCCAAAAAGAAGAGUCAGUGGUCCGGCGCCAAAGCUUUAGCCAAACUGAUCAAACCACGGAAGGACACGAGCCGCGAGCGAGGAGACCGAGAGAGGGAGGGUUUUAAGGAGAGAGAGAGGGCUAAAAGUGCCCCCGACAUCCCUCUACCUGCCCCUCCGCCUCUGUUGCUCCCGGAUACACCCCCUCCAGUGCCCCAGCGGACCUCCAGCUCCAAUGACAGUGUCCAAGGCAACAGUGUCCAUGGCAACAGUGUCCAUGGCAACAGUGUCCACGGCAACAGUGUCCACGGCAACAGUGUCCACGGCAACAGUGUCCACAGCAACAGCAUCAACAACACCCACAGCAGCAACAGUAUCCCCGAUAACGACACACCCAGCCUGGGACCCCGCAGCCCUGCCCUUACUCCCUUCAGUAGAGGACUAAGCGACCGAGGCCGUGCGGGACAUAGAGGCAGCACUCCUGGAGACGGUAACGAGAAUGUGAAUGGGGAAGACAGCCACGGGCAAGUUUCAGGUCCAUCAUACAGAGCCCUCAGCUCUACUCCCAACCAUCAGUCAUCCUCAGUGGGAUUAAACAGCACCAGAUCAGCCCCCAGCCGCAGACCCAGAGGCUUGUUGUAUGACGAAGAUUUGCGCCACACUUCGACAGACUCCAUGUUUGGUUUCCAUGGCAGCGCAGGGGGGCGCCCGGGGUCAGCGGACUACAGCCACAACACGUCCAGCUCCAACUCUCCUGUCAACUGCAAAGAUCCCUCCAAUCGUCAGGGGCACUCGGCCAGCCUCUCCAGUGAUGAUAUCUUGUGUGUAGGCCAAUCACAGCAGAGUUUGUCCCGCAGCUCCACCCUCCUGUACGACCACUCUCCUCAGAAGGCCCAGCCACAGAGAGGGGUGCCCAGACCCAAAACCCGCUCUGCUUCCCCCGGGAGUGAGAUGGUGACGCUGGAACAGUUUCUCCACGAGAGCAACUUACAGUCUCCUCCUGUGGUAUCAACAGGAAGCCGUGAGGACUUGAUGACCGACUAUUUCACAUGUAGCCCCGCCCACUCCACUCCUAUUGGCCGAGAACAGGCCACGCCUACCAGUUACGUCACCCCCACUGUCCAGCCAUCCAAUCAGAGGCCAGGGCAGAGCGUAAAGCCCUCUCCCCGGCACCCUGUUGGCCAAUCCCCUGCUUCCAGCCAAACUGUCACUCAAAGAACCAGCCAAUCACUGAGCAGGACCUUCAGUUUGGCUUCGGCCGAUUUGUUGCGUUCCAAUGGUCCCGAUGGUUUCCGGGGUAACGAAGGAUCCACCGGCCAAUCGGAUGUUGUCAUUCGCCGUCCGGGGGGAGGGGCGAGCGCCAGGGAACGCCCGCUUUCUGCACGCCUCGCUGGACCAACCAGUCACGGAGAUGCUAGCUUUUUGCACACACCCAUUCACCACUCCUCCUCUCUCAACCUGCAAAGCGAUAGAUAUUUAGAAAGAGGUCGAACAACAACUACAACAGCACGAAGCGGAACAAAUUACCACAGAGGAGAGAUCGCUAUGGUUACGCCCGUGAGAGCAGUUACUGCAACACGAUUGGAUGAGGACCAAGGAGGAGGGGAGGGGCCACAGAAGAAAGAUGGCGACCGGACACGAUGUAGCUCAAUCGAGCGACCCAAAAGCACGCCGGCGUCUCCUGACCCAAACAACGACCCUCAAACUGUGUGGUAUGAAUAUGGAUGUGUUUAA